UCUCCUGUCCCAUUUUCCCGCAGCUUCCCGCCACCCCCCAGCCAUGGGGGACAUGAAAACGCCGGACUUUGACGACCUCCUGGCCGCCUUCGACAUCCCCGACAUCGACGCCAACGAGGCCAUCCAUUCUCACCACGAGGAGCCCGAAUCCCACRGCAAACCCCAAAUCCCGGGCGAGCCGGGGGCGGCCGGCCCCGAGCACGUCCUGCCCCACCCCGACAUCUCGGCCGUCAGCGUCAUCGUCAAGAACACCGUGUGUCCGGAGCAGCUGGACAGCCUGGACGCCCGCGCCAAGGACGGCCACGCCAUCGCCCCCAGGCUGCUCCAGAACGGCUUCGGGGCCACCACCGAUGGCCCCAGAUCGCCCAAUCCCCGCGGGGCCGAGCCCAGCGCCAACGGGGAGUGCUGGGCCAAGGAGAAAAACCCCAAAACUUUGGAUYUGUUCUCGCACUUCAGCCCCGAGCCCGGCGAGGACGGCGCCAACCUGAUCGACCGCUCGCGGGAAUGCAAAGCCAAGGAGAAAUCGCUGGCCGUGCCCUCACUGGCCCCGUCCCCCACGCCCUCCCUGGACUGCAAAGAGCCCGUGGCAGUGGCUGGGGAUGGCCUGGACCCGCCUUUCCCGCCGCCCUUCCCGGCCGGAGCCGCUGCCGGGUCCCACCCUGGCGUUCCCCGCAUUAAAAAGGAGGAAUCGGACCCCGAGGAGGCGGCGCCGCCCCGAGGAGGCUCCAGCCCCAAGGGCUUGGCCGUGAGCCUCGGCACCAACCCSCUGGAGCACCUGAAAUCCGUCACCGUCCGCUACUCCGGCCGCGAUUCUCCGGCCUGGCCGGGCUCGGACGCGGCGCCGGACGGCGGCGCUGGGAACACGGCCGAGCUCAAACGCUCCCCRGACAGCCCGGGAAUCGCCAUCCCCCCUUCUCCCAAAAGCCUCUCCACAAAGGAGGAGCGGGAAAUGCUGGGAAAAUCCACCGGGAGCCCUGCGAGCGCUUCCAGCGGUGACGAGGAGGAGGAGGAGGAGGCRGAGGAGGAAAGCACCAACUCGCCMAGCUCCAGCUCCUCRCGGCCGCUCAAAGUCCGCAUCAAAACCAUCAAAACCUCCUGCGGCAGCAUCACCAGGACGGUCACCAGGGUGUCCUCGGACUCGGAGCCCGGCUGUGCCAAAGCGGCGGCGGCCGAGAGCUCCCAGGAAGCGUCCCCGGAGCGUCCCAAGGACAAAGCGGAGCCCCCCGGCGCGCUGAAGAGCCCGGAGCGGCCCCCGAUGGUCGGCGUGCAGCCGGGCACUGGUGCCAAGCUCAAGGGCGCCGUGCUGCCCGUGGGCACCGUGCAGAGCGCCAGCAGCGCCAUGCUGAUCGCCGCCAGCGUGGCCCAGCAGAAAUCGGGCGUCCUGCCGGCCAAAAGCAGCAARGCCGUGGCCAAGAACAUCCUGAGCCUGGUGCCACAGCCGCUGCCCAAGGCCGACGGCCGCGCUAACGGCGGCGCCGUCACCGCCCUCAAGAACGGCGCGGCCAAAGCGGCGCCCGGCACCGCCGGCACCGUCAUCUCGCGCAGCCAGUCCAGCCUGGUGGAGGCCUUCAACCGCAUCCUCAACAGCAAGAACCUGCUGCCCACCUACAAACCCAACCUGAGCCCGCCGGCCGAGUCCAGCCUGGCGCUGCCGCCGCUGGGCUUCCGCUGCCUGGAGUGCGGCGACGCCUUCGCGCUGGAGAAGAGCCUGGCGCGGCACUACGACCGGCGCAGCAUGCGCAUCGAGGUCACCUGCAGCCACUGCUGCAAGCGCCUGGUGUUCUUCAACAAGUGCAGCCUGCUGCUGCACGCCCGCGAGCACAAGGACAAGGGGCUGGUGAUGCAGUGCUCGCACCUGGUGAUGCGCCCCAUCGCCCUGGAGCAGAUGAUCGGCCAGCCCGACAUCACCCCGCUGGUGUCGCUGGCGCUGCCGGCCGCCAAGGUGGCACAGGAUGGCGGUUCCGGGGCGCAGGAGCUGCCCGUGCUGCCCCUGGGAUCGGGAUCGGGAUCGGGRUCRGAGCAGGGCAGCUACAGCUGYUUCCGMUGCYUGGAGUGCAAGGAGCAGUGCAAGGACAAGGCCGGGCUGGCCGCGCAUUUCCAGCAGGCGGCGGCGGCCGGAGGAGGCAGCACGGUGUGCUCGGCGUGCCCCAUGAUCCUGUCGAACCGCUGCAGUUUCAGCGCCCACCAGCGCAUGCACCGCAGCCGCCCGCCCCACGUGUGCCCCGAGUGCGGUGGCAAUUUCCUGCUGGCCAACUUCCAGGGCCACCUGCGGGAAUCCUGCCUGCACUUCUGCCGCAGGGUGGGAUACAGGUGUCCCAGCUGCUCCGUGGUGUUCGGCGGCGUCAAUUCCAUCAAAUCCCACAUCCAGAGUUCCCACUGCGAGGUUUUCCACAAAUGUCCCAUCUGCCCCAUGGCCUUCAAAUCCGCCCCCAGCGCCCACGCCCACGUCUACACCCAGCACCCGGGCUUCAGCAACCAGCAAUCCAAGUGAAUUUUACCUCCCAAAUCCCCAGAUUUUACCUCCCAAAUCCCAAAUUUCCCCUCCCAAAUCCCCAAAUUUCCCCUUCCCAAAUCCUAAACCACCUCCCAAACCCCAAAUUCCCCCUUCCCAAACUUUCUCUCCCGUUCCCAGAACACGCACCAGCCGCAGAAGUGCAAGGACGACUCCGCGGUGAAGCCGCCGGCGCUGCUGACGCCCAAAGCGGAGCCGCCGGAGCCGCUGGAGCCUCCGCUCGGCCGCAACUCGGAGGUGUCAUCGUCAUCCUCGGAGGAGGAGGAGGAGGAGGAGGCKCCGAGCUCGCCGGAGCUCCGCAGGGCCAAGCGCAGCCGCCUGGCGCGCAAAGCGGGCGGCAAAGCCAAGGGCAGCGGAUGGAGCUGCGGCAUCUGCCACUCGUGGUUCCCCGAGCGCGACGAGUACGUGGCGCACAUGAAGAAGGAGCACGGCAAGUCGGUGAAGAAGUUCCCGUGCCAUCUGUGCGAGCGUUCCUUCUGCUCGGCCCCGAGCCUGCGCCGGCACGUCCGCGUCAACCACGAGGGCAUCAAACGCGUCUAUCCCUGCAGGUGA